AUGUCACAUAUAAAAUCAUCAGGCCCACCAUUUCUCAACUGUUCUCGCUUCAAAAACCCUAGCUGUGAAGUGAAGCUCAGACCUUUGGCACCAGAGAGGGAACGAUUUCCACCAGCAGCACUUGCCAUGGCGGACGUUGAGACUGAUGUUGCCGGACAGCCGGUAAAGAAGAGAACGUUUAAGAAGUUCAGCUACAGAGGUACUGAUCUUGAUGCGCUCCUCGACAUGUCUACAGAAGAACUCGUCAAGCUCUUUCCUGCUCGUCCCCGCAGAAGGUUCAAUAGAGGUCUGACGAGGAAACCUAUGGCUUUGAUCAAGAAGCUAAGGAAGGCAAAACGUGAGGCCCCAGCAGGUGAGAAGCCUGCCCUCAUCCGGACCCACCUGCGAAACAUGGUUAUUGUACCUGAGAUGAUUGGAAGUGUACUUGGUGUGUACAACGGCAAGACUUUUAACCCAGUUGAAAUCAAGCCCGAGAUGAUUGGCCAUUAUCUAGCUGAGUUCUCGAUAUCUUACAAGCCAGUCAGGCACGGUAGGCCCGGUAUUGGUGCUACCCACUCAUCCAGGUUCAUCCCUCUCAAGUGA